UGAAUACUGAUUGGCAAGUCUGGAAAUAGGAAAAUAUGUAUACGUUUAUAUAAAAUAACAUGUCAAAUAAUUUAAGUAGGCUACAACUAAACCACUUACUCAUCAGAAACUGUAUCUUCAGGUGGAUCAAGUCGCUCUUCAAAAUGCACACGUUCGUCGUCGGAUUCCGGCUCUUCUUCCGAGGAAAAAGUUAACUCUUCCACACGGACCAUCUGAAGAGCUCAUCUGUGCAGCAGGGCACACAUCUGAGAUAGCCUAAUUAGAUCAGACAGGAGAAAUGAUACAUCUCUUUACUUUUAUACCGAUUACAUAAAGGGAGAAUUUGUUUUAGAAUUGAUUUGUUUUGUUUAAAGUAGAUACUUUUAAGUAUGGCUGAAAUCAUGCGUGGUGCCUAACAACGCCCUUCAGCCGUGACUUAUUCAUGGUACAGCACUAGCCUCGAGUACCGUAUUGCUUUUAUAAAACAGUUACCACACAAUACAAAUAUUAAAGCCAAAAAUGCAACUUUCAUGAAGUUUCACUAAAAACCUGUCUUCCGCCGGAAAACAAUGAACAGCAACAGAAGUUACAUUAUUACGCCAUUAUAUGGCGGUAAAGACUGUCUUUAUGAGUGUGUCAGUCACUAGCGAUGUCAUGGGAAAAACCCUUAAAAACUAUUAAAAGGACAAGAUAAUACAUCGGACAUUUAAACAGAUGUUUUAUUAUGAACAUAGGACUGACCUGAAGGAAAAUGCUAAAUCUGAAUGCAGAACAGAGCUGAUAUAAAUAUAUUGAAGGAGGAAAAACAAACAAAAAAUGGGAGGAUCAGAAUCAAUUCCAUUUUUACCUUGGGGGGUCAAUGUAGUGCAUCGACCAAAACUAAAUCCAGUUUGGGGGUCUUUUCUAGAGCAUCAACCAAAACCAAAUCCAGAACUGGAUGAACCAUGGAGGAAAUUUGACUGGGGACAGAAAGAAGCUCUGAAAAAGAAGCUGGAAAACUUCUCUCCGAGUGAUCCAAAUGUAAAGGACAUCAAGAUCCUGGUAGCUGGACAAGUUGGAGCAGGAAAGUCCAGCUUUAUCAACUCCAUCGAUAGUGUCUUUAAAGGACGGAUCUCCUCUAGAGCGCUAGUUAGUUCAUCUGCUGGUGACAGUGUUAGUUUCACACAAAAACUCAAAGGAUUCAACAUCAGAAGUGGGAGAAAAAUUUUGCCCUUCGUCUUCAAAGAUAUAAUGGGCUUAGAAGCUGCUGUGUUGGCUGGGUCACAACCAGAAGACAUCGUCAAUGCUGUGUUUGGACAUGUGAAGGACGGCUAUAAAUUUAACCAGGGGCAGGCACUCACUUAUAAGGAUGAACAUUACAUCAGUGACCCUACCCUCUCCGAUCAGUCUUCCUGCCUGGUUUACGUCAUAGAUGGAAAUACAGUCGAUUUCACAGAUGAUAAGCUUAUUGACAAGUUGAAAAUCAUCCGCCAGAGAAUCAGUGAUCAGGGGAUUCCUCAAGUGGUUAUCAUGACCAAAGUGGAUAAAGCAUGUCCGCUGAUCAACAAGAAUCUAAGGAAGAUCUACAGUAGCAAGAAGAUCAAAGAGAAGGUGGAGUUGUGCAGUGCCAAAACAGGUGUGCCAAUGUCAAACAUCUUCCCAGUGAAGAACUACCAUGAUGAGAUUGACACAGACGAUGACGUUGAUGUUCUGAUACUGAAGGCACUUGAACAGAUUGUUCAGGUUGCUGAUGAUAGAUUGUUGGACAGUGAAAGCUAUUGAUAAAAUCACAUACAGUUAUUAAUGCAUAUAAAUCACAUCACAAAAUCACAUAUAAUGCAUUUGGAGUGCGUCUUUAUCAGAGGAACAUCAUUUUAUGAAGAUUGUGGAUUAACCCUUUGACGUGUACGAUCACACCAGUGUAGAACGUUCAGCGCCUCACGUGAUCAACUGCCAAAUUCAAAUGUGCUUGAGCACUUUGGCUGGCGCUAAACCAGAGACGGACGCGCGCAGCGCUUUUAUAUGUCACAUAUAUGCAGUGUUUUCAACCAAAUAAUGUUUAUUUUA